AUGUGUGGUAUCUUUGCUGCUUACAGAGUCGACGACAUCAAGACAUUCAAGCCAAAAGCUUUACAAUACUCAAAGAGAAUCAGACACAGAGGUCCAGAUUGGUCUGGUAACUUUGUUGCUAACAAGACCAUCCUAUGCCAUGAGAGAUUGGCGAUUGUUGGCUUGGACGCUGGUGCUCAACCAAUUGUCUCUCCGGAUGGCAGAUACUCUCUAGCUGUUAAUGGUGAAAUUUACAACCAUAUCAACUUGAGAAACGAAAUUAAGGAUUACGCCUUCAAAACCCUCUCUGAUUGUGAACCGAUCAUUCCCUUAGUCCAGAAGUACGAUAUUGAUGCUCCAAAGUAUUUGGACGGUAUGUUUGCUUGGGUUCUAUAUGAUAAACAGGAAGAUCGGAUCAUUGCAGCAAGAGAUCCAAUUGGUAUCACAACCUUAUACAUGGGUAGGUCUUCCAAGAACCCACAGGCGGUUUUCUUUGCCUCCGAACUCAAGUGCCUCACCGACGAAUGUGACGAAAUCAAGGCAUUCCCACCAGGCCAUGUCUACGAUUCAAACACCGACCAAAUCACCAGAUACUUCCAACCAAACUGGUGGGACGAAAACAGAAUCCCAACAGAAAAAUUGGACUUGAAGUUGGUCAAGGAAACUUUGGAAAUGGCUGUUAGAAAGAGAUUGAUGGCAGAAGUUCCUUAUGGUGUCUUGUUAUCCGGUGGUUUGGAUUCCUCUCUUAUUGCUUCAAUUGCCGCAAGAGAAACCCAAAAGGCUGCCCUUGCCGAACAGGACGUUGCAAUCGACGCUAACCACACUUUGACUGGUGUCGAUGCAAAGGGUAACUUAUCCUUUACCGGUUGGACUAAGCUUCAUUCUUUUGCAAUCGGUUUACCAGGUGCACCUGAUUUAAUUGCUGCUAAAAAAGUUGCUGAAUAUAUUGGUACCAUCCACCAUGAACAUACUUUUACAGUUGAAGAAGGUUUCGAUGCCUUAUCCGAUGUUAUCUACCACUUAGAGACAUAUGACGUUACUACCAUCAGAGCUUCCACCCCAAUGUACUUGUUAUCUAGAAAAAUUAAAGCUCAAGGUGUUAAGAUGGUGUUGUCUGGUGAAGGUUCCGAUGAAAUCUUUGGUGGUUAUCUUUACUUUGCUCAAGCUCCUUCUGCAGCUGAAUUCCAUACCGAGUGUGUCAAGAGAGUUAAGAACUUACACUAUGCUGAUUGCUUAAGAGCCAACAAAUCUACCAUGGCUUGGGGUCUUGAAGCUAGAGUUCCAUUCUUAGACAAGGAAUUCUUGAACGUCUGUUUGAACAUUGACCCAGAAAACAAAAUGAUUGAUCCAAAAUCAGGUAAAAUCGAAAAAUACAUUCUAAGAAAAGCCUUUGAUACUAAGGACGAUCCAUCUGCUAAACCAUACUUACCAGAUGAAAUCUUAUGGAGACAAAAGGAACAAUUCUCUGACGGUGUUGGUUAUUCUUGGAUUGAUGGUUUGAAAGACCUUGCUGAGAAGAUGGUCUCCGAUGAAGAAUUUGCUAACCCAAAACCAGAGUGGGCGGACGAUAUUCCAACCACAAAGGAAGCUUACUUUUACAGAUGUAAAUUCGACCAAUUGUUCCCUUCAAAGGCUGCUGCUUCUACUGUUAUGAGAUGGAUUCCAAAGGCUGAAUGGGGUUGCCAUGAAGAUCCUUCUGGUAGAUACGCCAAGAUCCAUGAAGCUGCAGUUGAAAAUUGA